AACUCCUCCACGCGCCGUCCCCCCUCCAGGCGGAAGUUCCUGAACGCAUUGCGCAAUUUCCUGCUGGGGCGGGGGAAAUUGAUUUAUCAUGGUCUCUCUGGCAACCAGGAGGAUUGUACCAAAGGGGAAACUGAUGGAUUUUAUCACCUCCAUGGCUAUCAUCCCCCUGCUCGUUGGCUGCAUGGGAAUCUUCGGUCUCUUCAAGUUGCUGCAGUGGAUACGAAUGAAGGCCUACAUCCAGGAUUCUGUAGUCGUGAUUACAGGGGCAACCUCUGGACUGGGGAAAGAAUGUGCUAAGGUUUUUUAUGCAGCUGGUGCUAAGUUAAUUCUUUGUGGACGAAGUCAAGAGAAACUAGAAGAGCUUGUCAGAGAGCUGUCUGCUACUCACUAUAGAAAGACACACAAGCCUCAUGUUGUAGUCUUUGACCUUGCUGAUUCAGACACUAUAGUCCCUGCAGCGAAUGAAAUCCUAAAAUACACUGGUCAUGUGGACAUAUUAAUCAAUAAUGCAGGGAUCAGCUAUCGAGGCACAAUAAUGGAUACUGCCCUGGAGGUGGACAAAAAAGUGAUGGAGACAAACUACUUUGGUCCAGUUGCGUUAACGAAAGCAAUUUUGCCUUCCAUGAUAGAGAAGAAACGAGGUCACAUUGUUGUAAUUAGCAGCAUUCAGGGCAAAAUCAGUAUUCCUUUCAGAUCAGCAUAUGCAGCCUCCAAGCAUGCAACCCAAGCAUUCUUUGACUGCCUUCGGGCAGAGAUAGAACAGCAUGAAAUUGAAGUGACUGUAAUCUGCCCUGGCUAUAUCCAAACCAAUCUCUCUCUCAAUGCCAUUACUGCAGACGGAUCCAAAUACGGAGAUAAGAAACUGAGGCCUGGAGAGAUUAAAUGACUUGGCUAAGGUCAUUUGGGUUGUAAUCAAACCUGGAUCCUCUGAUUCCAAAUCCAGCAUCAUUUCUACCAUACUGUUCUCUGCAAUGAGACUGGGAGCUCUCUCACCCCACCCCCCAAGGGCAAGGACUGUCUUGCACCAUACUGGGUUGUGGUAGCUGCUUAAUAAAUGCUUGUUGACUGAAGAUAACAUAAGACAGAAGGAGAUUUCUGUGCCUUUGGUAAUCCUUCCCAUUAGUCAUUUUCCAAAGUUAGUACACCCCAUAUAAAACAUAGGGACUGUUACUGACUCACAGAAUUAUAGUUUGAAAUGACCUUGAGAGUUCAUCUAGUCUCUGCUUCUGCCUACAAAAAGAUUACCAGAGGCCUUUCUCAUGCCCUGCCACCCCCACUGUUGUUUGUCUUCCCACCUCCAGAAACUACUUUGUAUAGAUUUACGUUUACUCCCUAGAAGUACCUCCCUGUCUCCCUCUGACAGAAUGGCAGCUCUUGGUGGGACUAUUUUGUUUCUAUCCUAGUACCGCUAGGACCUAGCCCAGAGCCCUUACACACCACAGGGGUCAUGUAAAGGCUUAGGAAAAGUAAAAGGGAAGGCAGCCUAGCCUGGUUUUUUGUUUUCAGAUUUCCAAAAGAGAUUCCCAAGCACUACUCUAGAAUCCAUAGGGACAGCUGGCAUUUAUAUAGCACUUACUAAACAAAACACUUUACAUACAUCCUCACAUUUGAUCAGUUAAUUCAGCAACCACUUAUUAAACAUCCAUUGAGUAAUAGUUUUAAAGUUCAAGAAAUCUUAAGAGAGAUGGAUUUCUGUACCCUAGCAAAGAAUAUUAAGGAGGAGCUCAUACAACCAGUGGGCCAUUGGAGAACCAAUGAAUGACCUGGAGAUGUUUAGCCUGGAGAAGAAAAGCAUUAAUGGAGACUGAAUCACUGUGUUCAAGGAUUUGAAGGCUUGUCCUAGGGAGAGGGAUUUAAUUUGUUUAGCUUAACUCUAGCAGCCACAGCUAGGAGUAAUGGGAAAAAGUUAAAGGUAUAGUGCUAGACUUGGUGUAACGACUAAUUUCGUAACAACUAAAGCUUGCCAUAUGUGGAAUGGGCUGCUCCAGGAGAUUAAAAAAAAAAAAAGAGGAAGUUAAAGUGGUGAGGUGGUGAUUGGGAGGGUAGAGUGGGAGAGGGGCUGGCAGGGCCUGGAGUCAGAGGGACCAGAGUUCAAAUAUGGUGUCGGGGGUAAUAAUAGCUCUGUACGUACCAGGUUCGUUGUGAGGAUCAAAUGAGAAAAUAGUUGUAAAGUGUUUAGCAGUACCUGACACAUAGUAAAUGAAGAGGUUCAGGGCGCAAAUGAUGAGGCAAGGUAGAAUUCCUCAGGCUAUCUCCAAAUCAAGUAAAGGCAUUUUUCUGGUAACACACCAAGCAGGCUCCUCCUUAAGGGAAGUUGCAACUCCUUGAGGAAGGCUGAAGCUUAAGGGGGGGGAUUGCGCUCCUUAAUGGAGUCAGCAGUUCUUUAAGAGAGACAGCCCGCCCUAGCCAGGAGAAGCUGGGGAUUCUUAUAGAGGAAAACCUGCCAUGGAUGGGGAGAUGAGGUAAUCAGGGACAGAAAGGUGGACUGGAAGGUGAAGUAACCAAGGACUUGUAGGCAAGGGGGCUGUGGUAGUUCAAUUUUGAGCAUAUGUAGACACAUCAUUAUUUCACUGACCAGUCUACUUGAAUCUCAUUAUCUUCUGAAGUGGCUUUAAAUGGUAUUUGAGGUAAUGGGCUUC